UGGAAUUUGACAGUUGGAAAUUGUUCGUUAAGUGUAGUGCAUCAUUUGGUUUUCUUGUAGUUUUUGAUUGUUUUUGUAAAGCAGAGAAGUGAUUUUUACCAAGUUAUUUAAAUAAAGUUUGCAAAAUAAAAGUUCAAAAUGCAUAAACAAGGAAAACAGUCAUACAAAAGCCAAAUACGGACUAGAAAUAAACGUUUUUUAUUAAAGAAAGCAUCCAAUGGCUUAAAUACCUCUUCAUUGGGGUGUUUAGCUCCUUCAAGUGGUCCACAAGCUCCAGAGCUAUUGCUGGGGUCCAAAUUGUCGAAUGAAAAAAGUGGAAAAUCAAUGUUUCAACAUUUGCAUAGCAAUUAUAGUGUUCCAACUCGUCCCCUUAUCCACGUAAAAAUUCAAAGCCUUCCCAUACUUGUGUUGUCUUUAAUUGUUCUCGUAGAAUGCUUUUGUAUUGGUAGCUGUGCACAAAUCAAAAGUAAAAGUGAUUUAUUAAGUGGAGCAAUAUUAACGCCAGUUGACGAUGUAGUGCCUAGAAUAGUCGAAAAUGUUCCUACAGAAAACAAAGGCAAUACUACAUUUACUGACUUUUCCGAUUCUACCAAACUUAAUCAUCGUGUUGAACGUGAUGUGUCGAGUGACGAUUUGAAAAUCUUCGGUUUUCGCGUAGAGUCGAGCAACAAUGAGAUUGAAUACCACGAUGGCGGCGUGCCGAGUGUGCUUAAAGAUACCGAAUUUACAAUGCGAAUUUUCGGUAAAGGCAUUACACCAGAUACCGUUAUAACAUUUACUGCUACAUCAAAUACAUUUGGUGGAAAAUGUCAAAUACCAGCAACCUUGCUGUAUAAACCCAUAGAGGGUUCGUCGACCAACGAAUCUGCUGUCUAUCGCAUGUCCCUGCCCAAACUGGAUGUAGCAAUGACCAAUGGCAGUGAAACAUUUUAUUUGUGUGCCAAAAAUGAUCCACAAAUGGAUGUGGGUAGCGCCACGGAUACAAAACCGAUGGUACAUCAAGGUGGAGAUGUUUAUCUGCAAAUGAAAACCUAUGAAAAUUUACUCCCCAUCUGGCUGUCAAUUGUCAUAAUUUUAGUCUGUUUAGGUUUCUCAUCGUUGUUUUCAGGUCUCAAUUUGGGUCUGAUGUCUCUCGAUCGUACAGAAUUAAAGAUUUUGUGUAAUACUGGCUCAGUUCGCGAACGUCAAUACGCUAGAAUUAUUCAGCCCGUCCGAGAACAGGGUAAUUUCCUACUAUGUAGUAUUCUCUUGGGCAAUGUGUUGGUGAACUCCACUUUUACAAUUCUUCUGGACGGUUUAACCUCGGGUCUUUUUGCUGUUAUUGUUUCCACGCUUGCCAUCGUUAUAUUUGGUGAAAUUACGCCUCAGGCUGUUUGUUCGCGACACGGUUUGGCCAUUGGUGCUAAGACGAUUGGCAUUACAAAAGUUGUUAUGGUGCUCACAUUCCCCAUGUCAUAUCCGAUUUCGAAAAUGUUGGAUUGGGCAUUGGGUGAAGAAAUCGGCAAUGUUUACAAUCGUGAACGCCUAAAGGAAUUAGUGAAGGUCACAACAGGUACAAAUGAUUUGGAUAAAAAUGAAGUCAACAUUAUUUCGGGUGCUUUGGAGUUGCGUAAAAAGACUGUUGCUGAUGUGAUGACUCACAUCGAUGAUGCUUUCAUGCUAUCGCUUGACGCUCUGCUAGACUUUUCAACCGUAUCGGAAAUAAUGAAGUCAGGAUACUCACGUAUUCCCGUAUACGAUGGCGAUAAGAAAAACAUCGUUACUUUAUUGUAUAUCAAAGAUUUGGCAUUUGUCGAUACCGAUGAUAAUACACCGUUACGUACGUUGUGCGAAUUCUAUCAGAAUCCAGUUCACUUUGUUUUUGAGGAUAUGACGCUCGAUCUUAUGUUUAAUCAAUUCAAAGAUGGUACUAUCGGUCACAUUGCAUUUGUACAUCGUGUUAACAACGAGGGUGAUGGUGAUCCAUUCUAUGAAACGAUUGGUCUUGUGACGCUUGAAGAUGUUAUUGAAGAAUUGAUUCAAGCUGAAAUUGUUGAUGAAACUGACGUGUAUAUCGAUAAUCGUACAAAGGUGCGUCGCAAUCGUAGUAAAAAGCAAGACUUCUCCGCAUUCGCCGAACGUCGCGAAAAUCAGAAGAUACGAAUUUCACCUCAACUCACCCUGGCCACUUUCCAGUACUUAAGUACAUCUGUCGAUGCCUUUAAAAAGGAACUUGUUUCUGAAAACAUCUUACGCCGCCUACUUAAUCAAGACAUUAUUCAUGCCAUUAAGUGCAAGGGUAAAAAUAAGGAUGAUCCUCGUUUGUUCAUUUACCAACAAGGUAAAGCCGUGGACUUCUUCGUACUUAUUUUAGAAGGUCGUGUUGAAGUAACUGUCGGCAAAGAGAAUUUACUUUUCGAAAGUGGCGCAUUUACAUACUUCGGUACUGCAGCCCUUCAACCUAAUGUCGUUGUUGAUUCACCCAGUCAACAAAUGCGUGGUUCCAUUCAGUCAUUGAAUAUGGAUUCGAAGAUUCGCCAAACAUUUAUACCUGACUAUUCGGUGCGUGCCGUCAAUGAUGUCGUAUACAUCGCAAUAAAACGUAGCCUUUACUUAACUGCCAAGAAAGCUACACUUUUAGAAAAGACCCGCAAGAGUGGUAUUGAGCUGAAUAGUGAAAUUACUGAUGAUGAAGUCGAAAGGUUAUUACACUCUGUGAACGAGGAUGAAAUUAGGGCGCAUGUCAAUCAUAAAAUAGCUGUAACUGGCAGCAAUACAGCUUCACCGUCAUUAAAUGACAUAUCAUUACAAAGUCAUAGUAAUGCACCGCCGCCGCACAAUAUGCACAGCAGUAGUAGUGGUGAAGUUUUAGAUGUGGGCUCAUUAAGCAGCCAAGUGACAUCGGAUCCAGUUAACGAUCAAUCAGAACAUAAUGGCGAUCGCGAGAAUGUCGCUACUACACCACUUUUGCCUAAGACUAGUGAUAGCGCUAAUAACAAAUAACAACAAGCAUAACAGCCAACGCUUAUAACUCAAAAGUUUACAUAUGCAUAAGAGUAGAGAAAUAGCAAGUAAUAUGCAUUUUACGUUUAUAAAUAUCGAAAGGCAGUCAAACCUUGCAUUACCACAAAUAAACAUUUCGUUCACCUGCGCCAACGCUUAUGCUCAACAUACACAUACAUCUGUAUGUAUAUGCCGUUUGCAAUCACAUCAAAAAACACAACAUGAAAGAUAAAGCAAAUAUGUGUACAUACUAAAUAUGUACUUAAUUAUAAACAUUACCUGCGCAUGCGCAUUAUAACGCUCUAACGCAAGAUUACUACUACUACACACACACGUAUAUAGUUAUUUACUUGUUAUACUUAAUUACUUUUACUCUCUGCAAUGUAACUUUUGAACUUUACAAGGUGUUCAGAUUUGUUUAGGUUUUUGCUGAACACAUCGUUGUCACGCUGUAGUUUUCCUUUGCAAUUAACUUAAGCGUAAAAUCUAAAACAAAAAAAUAAACAAAAAAAUUAUCAUCUAAUGAAAAAAGAUGAAACAAUUAAUUAAUGAUAAUAAUGAGUAAUAACUACGAGAGAUACACAAACAAAAUAUUGCGUACAUACAUAUUUUUUCAACUAAAAAUAAAUGGGGCUUGUACAUGUGAAUAUUUUUUAAAAACGUCAAAUUAAUGUAUUUUAUAAAACAAUAAGCGAAAAGAAGUAGAAAAGAAAGAUUACAAAAGAUUAACUAUGACAAAUGCAUUUCCAGAUGUUAAUGGUAACGUUGUGCAUUUUAACUGCAGCUUGUCGUUUUAUAAACGCGAAGUUGACUUGCAUGCGAAAGUUUAAGUAUUAAUGGCAAAAAUUUUUAUGUAAACUAAACAUAUUUUUUUAAUAUUUCGUUUUUUUUUUGUUUGUUUUAUUUCCACCAUUUAAACGAUUGUGUUUAAUUUUGCAAUGGUUUGUCAUUAUAUAGCUUUAAGACUAGUCCAUUAUUUAAUGCUGUGUCUAAAUAAGUUUAAUAUGUAUGUACAUAUAUGAAAUUAAUUUUGUGAGUGCGUGCUAUUUAAAUAUUUUUUGAAAUGAAAUUAUUGAGCAAGAAAUGAAAAGUCAAUAUUAUAAUAGAUAUUUUAUUAUAAUUACUACCAUUUAUUGCGGAGAAUUGGAUUCGCCUACGUUUUUUAAUAUUAUUAUUUUUGUAUUUUAUUAUUUUUACACUUACGCCAAUAUAUACGCAUAACUAACAACAACUUGCACAGUGCUAUCUGCAAAUAAUUUUGUCAUAGAACACAGCAAGAACUCGAUCGUCAUAGACGAACAAUUGACGAUAAGUCUAUAAAAGUAAUUAAAAAAAAUAAAAAACAAAUUUUAAAUCAUUAAAUUAACUUAUGGGUGGGCAAUUGCUUAUGUAUGUAAUAAUGUUCGAAAAUUAUACCUCAGUGCGUACAAUUGUGAUGUACGCCCAAUAAUACCUAAUGUACUUAAGAACGAUGUGAAACAAAAGCAAAAGAUAUACUGAGAAAAUUAAAACUAAAAAAAAACAAAAUAACACCAUGUGGUAGUAUUGUAUGUAUGCAAGUAGAAUGAAUUGAAAGUGCAACCCACUUUUGCAAAGACAAAAUAGUUUUGCUGACAUUAUUAUUGAAUGCAUUUUGUUUAAAAUACCUGUGUAUUAUUUUUCGAUAUUGCAGAAAUUAUAUUGUUAAAGGCCAAUAAACAAUGUCGAUAUUUUUCAUACAUACAGUACAUAACUAAUAGUUUUGUUUAUUGCCACAUAUGCUGUUUUAUAUAUAUAUAAACUUAAGAGAUUUGUUACUGGCGUUUAUAUACUAUAUAUAUAUAUAUAUAUAUACAUAUACAUACAUAUAUGUGUAUUUAAGAACAAAGAGCGCCUUUAUUUAAAUUUAGUUUAUAUUAUUUUUGUACAGGAGUUGUGAACUUCUUUACUUGUUGUCCAUUUAAUUAUGUUAAAAUGCGAAAUAUACUGAAAGUAAAUCUAUUAAAUACAAUUUAUUGAAAUUUUUAUGGAAAUUCUCACGAAUUUAAGUAAUUUAAAACAACAAAAUAUAUAAAUAUAUAUGCUAAAGUGUUAAAAACCCUUCAAGCGCUUCCUUACUUUCUGGUUUUAAAUAUUUGCAUACGUACUAUCGUUUAAAAAAUACAAUAAAAUUUAAUUAUUCUGAAAUAUGUUCAUGUUUUUGUUUAUUUUGAUGCCACUCAAGUGCAAUUACAAAGUGUUGAAGAAAGAAAGAAAAAUGUAGCUAAACUCUUUUGUGUAUUAUCAAUUAUAUAAAAUACUAUAUUGAAGCUAUCAAGAAAAAACAAAUGCCUCUGGUUUUUGAAGUCAAUUGGAGAUGGUCAUUAGCAUCCACUUACAUACUGCAUGGGCUGGAAACACUUUGCCCUAGCAAAGAAAUAAUGAGUUUUUAACGUUUUGACUUCGAUACAACCGAAUUUAAAAUACCCUUCAUAAAUCAAAAAAUUCAUACAAGAACUUUAUUUCCGAUAUGAACAAUUUGUUCGGCGAUUGUACCGCUGACUUCAACAAUAACCAAUGCCAAAUUUCGUGUCAAAUAAAAAAGUUUUCCUUACAAAGAACUCGUUUUGAUCGUUCAGAUUGUAUGAUAGCUAUAUGAUGUAGUGUAGUGAAAAUGUAUUGCGGUAUUGAAACGUUGCUUUGCACAGUAAUUUAUGCCAAAUUUCGCGAUCGUUCUGUUUGUAUGGCAGCUACAAGGGUCCAGUAUCGGCAAUUCCGAUCAAUAAUCUUUUAUUGACUAGUUCACGUAUAUACAGACGGUCGUCCGGGCUGGCAUUCCGUCAUUGAGUGUUACUAACUUCAUGGUAAACUUAAUAUACCCGAUUCUGGGUGUAUAGAUUUUUUAAUGAAAAAAUCGCUUAUUCCACGGCAUAAUCUGCAUGUAAAAUAACUCAUUUAAUGUCCAACAUUUGAAUACCAGUCGAAGCUUCAAGACCUUAAGAAUAAUUUUUUAUUUGCAACUUGAUCUUUUCAUUUAAGGGAAAUAUUUUUCAGAGAAUCACUUUUUUAGAUUGAAGUGCAAAAUCUGGUUAACACAAUGGUGUGUGAAGGUCUAGUUCAUAGCGCAAUACCUUCCAUUUAUCGGAUGUAUCCCAAACUUUAUGAGUCGGAGCUUUGUCUUGGCAAAAGAGCAAUGUGACACUCAUCGCCCGCAAAGCUUUUUGGUUUGUAAAAACUCCUUAAAUAUGGACUACACACAAUAUUGUUAACUAACUCACUGAUAAAAAUCCAUUAUCGUAGGUUUUCCAUAUUAAUGCCUCUAAUGUUAUUCGAAGGUUUCUCUUAUAAUCUUUCUGUAUCUAUCAAAUCGAAUCUCUUUACGUUCGACUAUCAUUACUACGGUGAUGUUCUAGGCAAAGUGAUGUACGUUUUUGAAUAGAUGACGCGUUCAACCCAUAUUCAACUCUGAAUCACUGGUCUUCAGAAGAGAAAGGAUUUUUGGAAUUUAACUAAAUUUUUCCAAUACAUCAAACUUCAAAAGCUGUGAUGUAUCUUAUCAAGGUCAGCGGCCUGUAGUAAGUGACUUCGAACAGGGAUCUCACUGCUAGAAUAAAUAACUGCAAAUAAGGGAAUCAUACUAUACCAUAUACACGAGGGAGGAAAAAUGAAGAUAUUGCACAAUUUACCCAACAAACUACAGACAUGCACUGAAAGCCCUUCACAUUGGGGCUAUUAACACCUUCUCUGGAUCCCUUCCAAUGAAUGGCAUUCUUGGAGAGGUGCCUGGCGAAUCUACGGUAACCAUUGUGCAACUUCGUUUUGGAUAGUGUAACAGGAACUUAUCCAGUACCGACCCCGACAAACGAAUUAUUUACGCUAACCACCUCUUUGCAUGACUAUUGACAUGACUUUGCAUAAAUUGAUUAAUCUAACGCCUCUCAUCGUAUGGUACAAACCCGUUGAAACAAUACGUGUCGUGCACUUCCUUUCGAUGAUUUGAUUACAAUCAACUAACUCUUUGACAGAAAAAAAGGGUCUGCAUAAUCGUUGCAAUAGUAACGCGGCGAUGCUGGAAAGUUUGGAAAGAAGUGGAAUGGCGGUGCAACGGCUCGGAGCCUACCAAUUUCGAAACGGUGCGUUAUCAAGAUGCAAAUACACUUUUUAUCGUCAAAUAGGGUGUUUUUUGCGAUUCUGCGUCGAAUUUACCUAAUAAAUCAAUAUUAGGAAUUCCAGAAAACGAUGGUCAUUACUUUUUCGCCUAAUAGGUCAUCUUCGAAUCAAGAUUGCGGAGUGAACUGUAUCAUGUAUCCUUGGAUCCAAGCUUCGUCGCUGUUGUGAGGUGCUCUCACGAUUGAGCUUGUAUUAUGAAGUGAGCAAAUGCGACAAAUAAGUAUUUCAUGCAGGGUCUUAUGAGAUGCCUACAAUCUGGGCUAUCAUAUGUACGUCUGACAAAACGAUAUCCAGGACUUUUGUCUGCCAGGCCGCCAUAGAUGUUUUUAACAUUUUUUGCUUAAGUUAGUAACUGGGUAAAAAUAAUUAAGAAGCACAUGUGGAUGAUGAAAUUAUAAAAAGUUUUAUAAUAAAUAAAUAGUUUUUAUAAUAAUAUGAAAAAAUCAUAACAAGUAAAAAAAACAUUUUAUACUCUUGCAACUUGCAGGAAUCAAAGUCAGGGAAAUACAUACCCUAAGAUCUAAAACGUCAACCACUACUAUAAUUCAUUCAUCGGCCGAAAAAGUUUUAAGAAGGCGGCGCCAAGCCCUUUUUCAAAUUUUUUUGCCCGCAGAUGUCAUUUGCUACUGCGGUCCACUGUGCCAAAUUACAGUUUUAUAUCUCAAAUUAGUGCUUAGUUAUGUCACUUUAUAGGUUUUCGGUUAAUGGCAUUUUGUGGGCCUAGCCGUGGUCCUAUUACGCCCAUCUUUGAACUCGUUCUUGUUUUUGCCAGGGAAGGCGCAUACCAAGUUUCAACAAGAUAUCUCAAUAUUUACAAUCAAGUUACAGCUUGCACGGAUCGUCCGUCCGUUUAUUUAUAUAUGUAUAACCCUAUAUCUAUCCCGAUUAGCUUUAUGUGAUGUGAUGUACAAACGUUAGGUGAACAAAACUAUUAUACUCUGUAGCAAUAUAUGGCAAGAGUAUAAAAAUAAUAAAUGGCAUUUCUAAGAGCUGUCGAUUCUGGAAUGUCAAAAUACGUGCAAAAACCAUCUUAUCAAAUUUGGCUCGAACUGGUCAAAUCGAAACGAUAAACAAAUGUUUUCAGAUUGGGAAAACCUUUUUAUGUUCGUGCGAAGUUUGAUCUCUUUAUGUUAAUUAGUGUGUGUUCGGUAGCUAGUUGCUUACCACGCAAAAAGUUUGUCUGGCCAUAGAAAAAACCUCAGUAUCAAAAGUUAUCAGUUGGUAUACUAAAUGUAUGAAUGGCAAGAAUUUCUGAAAAUUGAAAAAAAUCUUCUAUAUGUAAAUCACUAAUUUAAAUUUAUUAGAACACCAAAAAAUUUUAUUUGUUGUUCUGAGUAGUUAAAAAUAAAAUACAUUUUUCUUAUUCCAAAUGUUUGCUAACAUAUACUACAUUUAUUAGCAUUGUUGAUGAUAUUGGAAAUAACUCUAUAUUUGUAUAAACAAUUCGCCGCAGAUGAAAGCUAUUUGUUUAAGCAAGUUAUUGGCAUAAUUGAACAAAAUAUAUAUAUUUGAAAUAUUUACGCUGUAUUAAGUGAUUGUGUCGUGAAAUGUAACGCUAAUAAAAUUAAAGAAAAUAUAAUAAAAACUUAUAGUGCGAAAAUUAAA